GGCAAAUUAAGAAGCUAGCUUAGAGCCUAGGCAUGGGAGAGUCGGGGAAGAUGGGAAAGAGUAAGGUUGUUAUUGUGGGUGGGACGGGCUAUAUUGGGAGGAGAAUAGUGAAGGCCAGCUUAGCCCAAGGGCACACAACUCACGUACUAUUGCGCCCCCAAAUCGGGCUCGACAUCGACAAGUUCCAAAUGUUGUUGUCGUUUAAGGAGGAAGGGGCGAGGUUGGUGGAGGCGUCAUUUGACGACCACCGGAGCCUUGUGGACGCGGUGAAGGAAGUGGACGUGGUUAUAUGCACCAUGUCGGGAACGCAUUUCCGUAGCCACAACAUUCUCCUGCAGCGAAAGCUUGUUGAUGCUAUCAAAGAAGCCGGCAAUAUCAAGCGUUUCAUUCCUUCGGAAUUUGGCAUGGAUCCAGCAAGAAUGGGGCAUGCACUUGAACCAGGAAGGGUUACAUUUGAUGAGAAGAUGGAGAUCAGAAAGGGAAUAGAAGAAGCUAAUAUUCCCCACACUUACAUUUCUGCUAAUUGCUUUGCUGGCUAUUCUUGUCCCAACCUCUCUCAACUUGGUUCCGUUCUUCCUCCAAAGCACAAACUUUACAUCUAUGGAGAUGGCAAUGCCAAAGUGGUAUACAUGGAUGAAGAUGAUGUGGCAACAUACACAAUGAAGACAAUAGAUGAUCCCCGGGCCUUAAACAAGACAAUAUACCUAAGGCCACAAGAAAACAUCCUUACUCAAAGGGAGUUGGUUGCUAUAUGGGAAAAACUCAAUGGAAAAAAGCUGGAGAAAAUCUCCCUUUCUGCCGAUGAAUUCCUGGCUUCUAUGAAAGAUAUGGACUAUGCUAAUCAAGUAGGAGUGGCACAUUACUACCACAUUUUCUAUAAUUGUGAAUGGUGUGAGAUGCAGAAAUCGUCAGAUACUCUAAUCACAGCUAUCCGCUUUCUUUUGACUGUUUAUAUAAUGGACAUAUUCUUCUAUCAGUAA